AUGCCGGGCGGUGUGUGUGCCGUCCUCGAUUACGAGGUCGACAUGAUGGCCGAGUACGUUGCGGACAUGGCGAUGCGUGUGGUUACUCCCGAAGCAGCCGUCACCACCCCGUUUCGAAAGUUCGUCUCGCAGAUUCUUACGUCGACGAGACUCCCAAGCACCACGAUCCUCCUAGGCAUGAACUACCUCGCCAAAAGGAUCAACUCGAUGAAGGAGCACGGUCCCUACAAGGCCUCGGAGGGACAGGUUUGGCGCUAUCUCACGGUCUCGCUUCUCUUGGGCAGCAAGUUCUUGGACGACAACACCUUCCAGAACCGUUCCUGGUCGGAAGUCAGCGGCAUCGCUGUUUCCGAGCUCAACUCGCUCGAGUUCGACUGGGUUCAGGCCAUGAGCUGGAGUCUCUACGUCAACCUGGACCUCAGCAAGGACUACCAGGCCUGGCUUGAUAGCUGGCGUGACUGGCAGCAGAUGAAGAAACGACAGGCCGCCCACGCCAUCCGGGAGAGGCUCACAUCUCUCGUUCCUGCCAUCAACACCGAGGUUGCGAGAUUCCAUGGCCACCACCAGUCCCCUCAUUCGCGCUACAUUCAAGAGCAGGUCGCCGAGUUCGAGCGGUACCAAGCCAUCAAGGCGCAGCAGCGCAACUACCCGUGGAACGCACCCCUGACCCCGCCGGACUCUGGUUACGGAACUCCGGAUUAUGUCCAGUCCGUGACGUCGAGCAAUGCUCGCUACAACGAGUGGUUUGCACAGGCCACCGCUCAGUACACGAAUCGAUACCCGCACGCCCCCGCUCAGAACGCCUUCUACCCCGGUCGUCAAGCCUCGUACCACGGCCACUACGGCUAUAACAAUCAGGGCAUUUGGGAACCCGGUGUGCCGGAAUGCAACUGCCCCGGCUGUGCCUCCCCGGCGAAGCAGACACACUAUUUCAUGUCGCAUGGUUACGGACAGCCUGUGGUAGGCUGA